CCUACUUCCGGUGUAAACAACCGGCUUGAAAUGUGCGAUGUCUUGUGCGCCAAAUUCAAAUAAAGAGAUAGACUUUGAUGACGAAGAUGACGAUUUACUUUUGAAAUCUGUCAAUGAAUGUGAAGCAGACAUUACAAAAAAUUCAACAAAAUCACAGUUGUCAUUAGCUUCAGGAGAUGGACAAAUUGUUCCACUGCAAAAGUUUAGACAUGGCUACCUGUGGGUAUCAGAUUUGUCCUCCCAGAGUUGGUGUGAACAACAGAUGUUCUACAAGUUUACAGUUCCUGGGGUCAUUGAGGAGAAUCCUGCAAUGACAAAAGGCACAGAUUUACAUCUAGCUAGAGAACUAGCAGCACAUGACAUAGUACAGGUACAAGUAACCUCUAAUGAAGACAUCUGGGCUAUAAAAGUCCUCAAUCUACUGACUGCCAUCAAUGCAUUUCAGUUUGGUCAGACUAUUGCCAGAGAAGUACCAAUAUUUGGUGUUCCAUUCAAGGAGGAAGAUAUUUUUGUGGUUGGGUUGAUUGAUGAGUUAAGAUUUGACCCUGAAAAUUACACAAUAGAUUUAUCAGAACUGAAAACACGAACCUCUAGGAUGAAUCCAUCCAAAGCUGUUACAAAACAGCAUAAAAUUCAAGUGAUGUUAUAUAAAAGAUUAUUUGAUAAUUUAGUUAAAGGUACUUUGUCAAAAAAUUCUUUAGCUACACAUUUGAGACUAGAUUUAAAUAAACAGUUUGGAGAUCAAAUUGUAAAGCAUUUAGAAGAGAAAGCAAUUAUUAAUAAAAAUUUGAAUGAUUUAAUGGAUCACGUUUUUGGAAAAAUGCAAUCAUUGACUUGUAUCAACCAGUUACAUGUGGAAUAUGUGUACCAAGACACAUCAGAAACAUUAAGUCAUGUGACCCAUCCAUAUGAUGAAGGAGAAAUCAAAACUCUAUAUUUAGAUUAUUUGAAAUUCUGGAAAGGUGAAAGGUCACCAACUGGUGUUGAUAUCGAAGAAGCCUGGAAGUGUCAAAGAUGUGAUUUUGAACCAAUUUGUGAAUGGCGAAGGAAGAAAUCAGAAGAAUGUGCUCAGAGAAACAUUCAAAACAACCAUUUGUAUUGAAUUAAAGGAAUCAAAAUCAUAUUAUCCAAAUUAAAGAGGGUGGUAAAGGGUUAUUUUCGUGCAACAUGUUUUGCCAUUUUUAUUUCACGUGCAGCCAUGAAAAAGGUUCGUUAUUCACCGUGUUUAGUGAAAUCGGUAAAAAGAUCAACGUGCUAGAAAUUUUUAAUUGUUCGUUCAUCGUAAAAUGGCAAUUUUAUUUCGCGUUCUUCCGUGCAGAUACCCCCCUUUACGCCCCUCAUUAAAUGGCUGACUUUGUAAUUUUGAAAUGAAGAGGUGACAAGAAAGGUGAUCAAAUUGUUUGUAACUGAAGCAAGAUUAGAAAGAUAUUCAUAUUAACUUAUUAUUAUCACCAUUGUGUUGGACACUGACUGGUCUGCUUGCUUAUCGGCAAAAGCAAUAGCAACCAAAAGAAGUAAAAUAAAACAUUAAAUCAGGGUAAUUUUGGGGGAAAGUUUACUGUUUUCAGAUUUUUUUGUCAUUUAUAGAAAAUAUGAAACAGUUAAUUUUCCGCCCAAAUUGUACCGAUUGUAAGCUUGAUUUUACUUCUUUAAGUUGCUCUUCCUUGACCUAGUUCCAGGAUGAGAUUAUUUGAUUGUAAUUCAUCUAGAUGAUUAAGAAUAUUUUGUUUUAACUCUAUUCUCUUCAUUUAGAAAAUUUUCGUAUGUUUUAAAAAAUAAACCAUGCUCAAAUAAUAGAAUAAUAAAUUUCCACACAAAAAAAGAAUUUAUAGAACUAAAUAAAAAGGAUACAAAUGGUAUGAUAUAUCAUAGAAAAAACAAACUUUAAAGUGUCA